AGCAUCUCGCCGCCAUCUGGAAAAAAGCUCCGCCCAAACGAAGCCUCCGCGAUUUCUCCACAGGUUUGGCCUGGCCUUGCUUAAUAGUAGUCCAUGACCCAUUUCCAGAAACUGAGAUUUUCAUCUGCUCAUCUGAAUUGCAUUUCUUAUUUCUCCGGGUCGACCCACAUAGCUCCGACGAUUAGGUCUUAUACAACGAAACAGAAUGUUGUAAUUCCGGGGAAGAGUCUCCCAGCGGUUAGGAAAAAGGUCCGGUCUGCUCUUACUGAGUACCUGCAUACCACCAGAAGCUUGCCCUUCACUGUUGCUGAGCAUAUAAGCAAGAAUUCGCCUCGUUUUCUUGAAUCCUUGUUGAGCAAGGUGAAUCUGGACGGUAACAUUGUACAAUCCGUAGCGCGUCACCUCCGGUACAAUCCCAUCAACGAGUUCGAACCGUUCUUUGAGAGUGUGGGGUUGAGCCCUUCUGAGUUCUCGGUGUUUCUGCCUCAGGACAUCAUGUUCUUGAAUGAUGACAUGCCAUUGAUGGAGAACUAUCAAGUUCUGUGCAGCUACGGUGUUGAGCGGAAUAAGAUAGGAAUCAUUUACAAGAGUGCCCCAGAGGUGUUCCGAUACGGGCCUGGAAUUCUGAAAUCAAAGCUGUUGUCUUUCGAAGAGUUUGGCUUGAAUCAGGUCACAGUUAUUAAGGUUGUGUGUUUGAGUCCUCAUCUUUUGACAGGGAAUGCGAGUAGAGACUUCUUUAGGGUUCUGGAGAAGUUAAGGAGCAUUGGGAUUGAGUGUGGGUGGAUUCAAGGGCAACUAUCAAAAGCCCACUCUUUCAACUGGAGGCGAGUGGGUGAAGUGAUGUUCUUGCUCGGUAAUUUAGGUUUCUGUAAAGAGCAGCUAAGAAAUGUGGUUUGCCAGAAUCCAGAGAUUUUGUUUGAUACAUCGGGACACAGUACGUUUUCACUGAUUGGGUUCUUGUUGAAAUUUGGGUUUGGACGGGACGAAAUACAGAAGAUGUUUCUUCAACAUAAGGAGUUCAAAGUUGCCGAGUUUGUUAGAAAUUUAUGUAACGGUUAUGUUUUCUUGGUUGAAAUUGAAAUGGACAACCAAGAUAUUUUCAACAUGGUUCGUUCGCAUGCUGUGCUGCUGGGUUCUUGCCCUUUGAAGAAAGUGACAACAUUGCUAACAAUCUUAAAAGCCGGGAAGAAGAGGAUCCGUGAAAUGAUCUUGACAGAUCCACAUGUUUUGAAGAAAUGGGGUUUAGGAGUGAGGGUGGACCCGCUCCCCUCACCCGAGGAGGACGAGGAAGUCAAAUCAAAAGCCAUGAAAACACAGUUUUUGUCGAGGUUAGGGUUCGUGGAGAACUCAAGGCAAAUGGAGGAAGCUCUAAAAGCAUUUCGUGGCAAGGGGUUGGAGCUUCAAGAGAGAUACGAUUGCUUAGUGAACUCGGGCUUAAAGCCAGAGGAUGCGGCGAAAAUUGUGAGAUUUUCUCCUAACAUUCUCAACCAAAGCAAGGAACAUAUAGAGGCAAAGAUUGAAUUUCUCAAGAACACAUUGGGCUAUGACGUGUCGUGUUUAGUCACGUUUCCCAAUUACAUUUCGUACGCGCUCAAGAGGAGCAUGCUUAGGCUUUCGAUGUACAAAUGGCUGAGUGAGCAAGGGAAAGCGGGCCCCAAUUUGGCAUUGAGCACUCUCAUAGCUUGUUCGGAGAAAGUAUUCGUGAAGACGUAUGUGAAUACGCACCCGGGUGGCCCUCAUAUGUGGGAAAAGUUGAAGAAAGAAAUAUAUACAGGCCAAAAAUGAUGAAAUUGUUUGUUGCAGUAUUUCUGUAGAACCUAAAGGCCUGUUUGGUGAACAAUUGGCAUAUAGAUUAAGAUAUCUUGAGAGGUGUUUGGUGAAGUUUAAAGAGGUUUCAAAUUUGAUAUCUCUAGAUUUCAAAAUCUUCUCAAAUGAAACAGUUCUCAGAAGCCAGCCAAAGUGACUCCAAGGGUCACUUUGAUGAUUCAAACACUCAACACCACUGUUUCCCUGACCACAUUUCCUUUUUUUUGUUGAGGGAUUUGAUGUGGUUGAGAAUGUACUCUUAGGGCCUGUAUGUACAUUCAGCUUUACGUAUUGUACAUUGAAAAUUAAUGUUGGAGUCCUUU